GAACCAUAAUACUAAUAAAGAUUUCGGCAAAUUCGUCUGAGUGUGAUAAAUUGAUAACAACAUUAAAAUUUUGCACGUAUAAUACGGCAAAUACGCUUUUGUGAAUUUAUAAUAUCUGUUAAUCAACAAAAUUCAUCAUGUCAUCUUGGAUUCCGAUGGAAUCUAAUCCAGAAGUUAUGACAAAGUUUUUACAUAAAUUAGGCGUAGCAAAAGAUUGGUCUGUUGUUGAUGUUUAUGGUCUGGAACCUGAUCUGUUGGCACUUGUACCUAAACCAGUUGUUGCUGUUAUUUUGCUAUAUCCUUUAUCCAAAAAGGGUGAUAAUAGCUUAGAAGACAAAGAAUCAGAAGAAGAAGAUGUAAGUAUUCCUAAAGAUCCAGAAGUUUUUCAUAUGAAACAGUACAUUCAUAAUGCCUGUGGUACAAUCGCAUUAAUUCACAGUGUUGGCAAUAAUCGAGACAUCAUAGAUCUUCAGGACGGUUUCCUAAAAACCUUUUUAGAUGAAGCGAAAAAUCUUUCUUAUAUGGAAUGUGGGAAGCUUUUAAUGGAGUCCGACGGUAUUAGUAUCACUCAUAAAGAUGUGGCACAAGAGGGUCAAACAGAGGUACCAAGCGAUGAAAUACCAGUGUACCAUCAUUUUGUAGCACUUAUACACAAAAAUGGAGUAUUAUAUGAAUUAGAUGGACGUAAACCUUCUCCUAUUAAUCAUGGUACAACUAGUCCAGAAACACUGUUAGAAGAUGCAGCACGUGUUUGUAAAGAAUAUAUGGCUCGUGAUCCAGAAGAAGUGUGUUUCACAGUUCUUGCUCUUGCUAAUAGCGAUGCAGGAGCAUUGUAACUCACUAAAUACAAUGUAGCAUAUCCAUUUUAAGAUAACUGUUGAAAUAAUUUAUUUUAUACAUUAUACAUGUA